CGUGCGCCUUCUUCCCGCGUACGUAGAGCCAUGAAGUUUCGCGCGAGGAUCGUGGACGCCGCUUGUCUGAACCACUUCACGCGGGUCAGUAACAUGAUAGCCAAGCUGGCCAAAACCUGUACCCUGCGCAUCAGUCCUGACAAGUUGAAUUUCAUCCUCUGGGAUAAACUGGCCGCUGGAGGAGUCAGUAUGUGGUGUGAACUGGAUCAGGAGAACUUCUUCAGUGAAUUUCAAAUGGAAGGUGUCUCUGCAGAAAACAAUGAAAUUUAUUUAGAACUCACAUCUGAAAAUUUGUCCCGAGCCUUGAAAACUGCUCAGAAUGCUAGAGCCUUGAAAAUAAAACUGACGAAUAAGCACUUUCCCUGUCUCACUCUCUCUAUAGAGUUGUUAUCUGUGUUGAACAGUAGUCGCAUUGUGACACAUGAUAUUCCCAUAAAGGUUAUUCCUAGAAAAUUGUGGAGGGAUUUGCAAGAACCUGCGAUACCAGCUUCUGAGGUUAGCAUUUAUUUACCAGUUCUGAAGACGAUGAAGAGUGUUGUGGAAAAAAUGAAGAACAUUAGCAAUUACCUUAUCAUUGAAGCUAAUCUAAAUGGGGAGUUGAACUUGAAAAUAGAAACUGAAAUAGUGUGUGUUACAACUCAUUUUAAAGACCUUGGAAACCCUCCAGUAGCCUCAGAAAACACUUCUCAAGGCAGAAAUCCAGAACAAAUGGCUGAAGUUCACAUAGACAUUAAGAAGCUCCUUCAGUUUCUCUCUGGACAGCAAGUCAAUCCUACAAGGGCUAUCUGCAAUAUUGUGAAUAACAAGAUGGUUCAUUUUGAUUUGCUCCUUGAAGAUGUUUCCCUGCAGUAUUUCAUCCCUGCUUUAUCAUAGAACCAACUUAGACUUGGGGAAAACAGAGAGCUUUGUCAUAUACUGGAGAAGCAACACAGUGAUGUGUCCUAAGUCAGUUGUGUUCAUACUACAGAUGAAUCCUAUACAUUUCACUUACCUUACCAUUACAAUUUUUGUUGUUGUUGUUAUGGGGCCACAUCCACCUGUGUUCAGUGCUUACUCCAGGCUCUGGUCUUUGAGAUCCCUCCUGCUGGUGCUUAGGGGACUAUAUGCAGUGCCAUGCAUUGAACAGGGAAUUGGCCAUAUGCAAGACAAGUGCCUUACCCACUAUCUUACCUCUUCAACCCACCUUAUUUCUAUACAGUGCCAUUUUUGGGGUGUUGGUGGUGAGGCGUAAUCACACUUGGCUGUAUUCCAGGUCUACUCCCGGCUCUACACUUCCUGGUGCUUCCUGUGGGUUUAGAGGAACUUGUGGGGUGCCAGAGAUGGAGCCCUUAUUGAUCAUUCAAGGUACUACCCUAACACUGUACUAUUAUUUCAGUCCCUACAUUGCUCUUUUUUUAUUUAAAA